GCCUGCGCUCCCGCCUGCCUCUUUCUCCUUCCUUCCCUCCCUCCGUCGCCUUCCCGGUAGGCAGGCAGCCGAGGCGGAGGCAAGUUCCCAGGCAUCCCCUUCUCCAGGCCUUUGAGCUUUUGUCAAGGGAAGGACAGCUUCUCCAGCCUGUGCCCUCGAUGCCGGAGUUUCAUCUCAGGAAGAUCAACUGAAAUUCUGAAGAAACGACAGCAUUCUGUGACUUGCCAAGAUGUUGGAGGAAGAUAUGGAAGUGGCCAUCAAGGUGGUGGUGGUUGGAAAUGGAGCUGUUGGGAAAUCAAGUAUGAUCCAGAGAUAUUGCAAAGGAAUUUUUACAAAGGACUACAAGAAAACCAUUGGAGUUGAUUUCCUGGAAAGAGAAAUGCAAGUCAAUGAUGAAGAUGUACGGCUGAUGUUGUGGGACACAGCAGGUCAAGAAGAAUUUGAUGCUAUUACUAAAGCAUAUUAUAGAGGAGCCCAGGCGUGUGUACUUGUGUUUUCAACCACAGACAGAGAGUCCUUUGAGGCAAUCCCUACCUGGAGGGAGAAAGUCGUAGCUGAAGUUGGAGACAUUCCCACCGUCCUUGUUCAAAAUAAAAUUGACCUUCUAGAUUACUCGUGCAUAAAGAAUGAAGAAGCAGAGGCACUAGCAAAAAAGCUGAAAUUGAGAUUCUAUAGAACAUCUGUAAAGGAAGACUUAAAUGUAACAGAAGUUUUUAGGUAUUUGGCUGAGAAGUACCUUCAGAAGCUCAAACAGCGAAUAAUUGAAGACCCAGAAGUAGUUCAUAAAAGUAGUAACAAAAUUGGUGUCUUCAACACGGCAGGAGGAAGCCAUUCUGGCCAGAACUCCAACUUGCUGAAUAAUGGCGACGUCAUCAACCUGAGGCCCAACAAACAAAGGACCAAGAAAAACCGGAGCCCUUUUAGCAACUGCAGCAUCCCCUAACGCUGCUGCAUAAGAGCCGAAAAGACAGUCUGGCGAAGCUGUUCAGAUGAAGUCUGUGAGGAACACAGCUGGCUUUUUAAACCAGUGCUUUAGCAGAUGUUGCACACGUUGGAUCCCACACAGAGAGUGGGUACUGCUGUAAAGAUGAAUUGUCAUUAUUAUUGGUAUAUAAUGGGACUCCUGGCGGCAUGGAAAUAGGACCAUUGCCCCGCGCAUUUAAUUUUGUUUUUCAUAGGACAACUUUCAGCUUGAAAGGUAUGAUGUCUUAAAGUGUACAGUAGGUUUUUUAACAUUGAGCUGACCAUGCUUAAAUAUCACUAUUAUACAUUGAGAUGAAAUUAUAUUUUCUACUUAGUUAUCUAAUUAGCAAGUUA